UGGACCGCAAGUUGGUGGGAGGAGACCGAGCGAGCGGGGGGGACUAUAAAAACGCUUCGGUCGGAGAUCAGCCUUCAAAUCAACACUAAAGACUUCUACACACACUACUGUGUUCCACAACAGGAUAAACAGCCUGCUACAAAAACCUAAUAAGUAAUCAUGGCGAAGCGUGUUGCAGUUAUUCUAUCAGGCUGUGGAGUCUACGAUGGCACAGAGAUCCACGAGGCCUCGGCUGUCCUGGUCCAUCUGAGUCGUGCCGGAGCGAAAGUGCAGAUGUUUGCUCCAGAUGCAGAUCAGAUGCACGUUGUGAAUCACUGUGAGGGGAAACCUACCGGGGAGAAGAGGAACAUCCUGCAGGAAAGCGCCCGUAUUGCCAGGGGCGAGGUGACAGAUCUGGCCAAGCUGGAUGUCUCAGCGUUUGAUGCUGCCAUCAUUCCAGGAGGGUUUGGUGUGGCUAAGAACCUGAGCGACUGGGCCGUGAAGAACAAGAACUGCACCAUCCAGCCACAUCUGGAGAAGCUCAUCAAGGAUUUCCACAAAGCUGGAAAGCCUCUGGGCAUGUGUUGCAUUUCUCCUGUCCUGGCUGCAAAGCUGCUGCCCGGCUGUGAGCUCACCGUGGGGCAGGACAAACAGUGUGAAAAGUGGCCGUAUGCUCAGACAGCAGGAGCUAUGAAGGACAUGGGCUGCAAACAUGUGAACAAAGAUGUGGAUGAAGCUCAUGUUGACGUCAAAAACAGGCUGGUCACUACCUGUGCCUUCAUGUGCAAUGCUCCCUUUCACAAAGUUUUUGAUGGAAUCGGCGUCAUGGUUCAAGAAACACUGAAACUGGCCUAAAAAGAUUGUUGGUGUUUAAUCAGUUCUAUUUAUUUUCUUCACAAAAUCAUUACAGAUACUGUGAGAUUUCUUCAGAAACUGCAAUUAAACAAAUUUAUCUCGGCAUCAGUGAUAUUUUCAAUAAAAGCUUUCCUGAAAAUUACA